AGCCUCUGAUCUGUCUCUUUAAGCGGGGCGGACUGCCUCAACUGCUGCUGGGACGGUUCUCUUCAAGCCCCUAGAUAAACUUCUGCUCCACACUAGUUAGACUGCACAAGGCAGGCAGGUUGCAGAGGCUAAAAGUAUUUUCAUCGAGGUUUCCAAAGAGGAAUGAAAGUCAGAUAUUGCGUUGCGCAAAUAGAUAGCUACAGAUAAGGCAGAGUGAAUGGAGCAGGAGCGGGGAUGGAAUAAGACAGGAUGGGAACGGGAGGUGGAGUAUUCUGAAGUCUGUCCUUGAGCGCACAGGACAGAGGCAUCAAUGAAGGCAGGGACAGGAACCGAAACUUUAAAUGCACGAUUUUCAGGCAAUACUUGAUUCGAUUCGGAGGAGUCUGGAUGUAGGGCAUCUAUCUAGAAUGCUUUCCAACAAACUACGCGGCAGCAGAAGAAAGCUCGAAGGAGAAAGCGUUUGCUCUGAUUUAUGGAGCGGAGUAACGUGUGCAUGUGUUUCUCAUCCAUCUCAAGUGAUAUGGCAGGGAACUGACUGAGGGAGAGAGUUUACACUGAAGAAAUUCAUCUGGGAGCCGUAAAAGGUGCUGAGCUCUGGAACCGAGGAAAGGUUACUCAGGCAACCCAUCAGAAAUGAUACAGCUCAUCUCAUCUCACAUGAAUCUUAGUCUGGACUCUGACACCAGGCACCUUCUGAUUGCAUAUGAACCACUAAAUGCACUCCAUGUCUCUGAACUGAAGUAACAUUCAUCCCUGGACUUGAAUUCAGUUGUCAUGUAUAGAAAUUGAACUUUGAGUUCUGAAGAUGUCACAAUAGAUCUAAAAAAUAACACCUCAGUGUGAACAGGUUUUACAUUAAGUCACAGUUUUCCACCGAGGACCAGACUUUGCCCUUUUGGAUGGAUAUUGGAAAUUUCGCAAUCUAAUUAAAUUCCAUGCUGAUACACCUAAUAGCUGUGGCGCCCCUUGCCUUUCUCUCAUGCCCAUGGACCCAUCCAGUGCCAUGCUCUCACAGGCGCUCCUGCUCUUACAGUGCAUUAUUCUGACUCUCGGCCAGUACGAUAUCUGUAAGUCGCUGGUCAGCACAGACGAUGGACCAACAUGGGAAUAUUACGCUUGCCAGCCCAAACCCAUGUCCAUGAAGGAGUACAUGCAGAUUAGAGUGGAGCCUCCCGAUAUCACAUGUGGGAAUCCACCGGAGAGGUUCUGCACUCUGGAAAACCCAUACCUGUGCAGUGACGAAUGCGAUGCCUCCACCAAAGAACUUGCCCAUCCUCCAGAGCUGAUGCAAGACCCUGAGCGAACUGGACUCAUCACGUACUGGCAGACUGUAACAUGGAGUCGUUUUCCUGAGCCUCUUCAGGCCAACAUAUCCUUAUCCUGGAACAAAAGCCUGGAGUUAACAGAUGACAUCCAGAUAACCUUUGAGUAUGGACGGCCCACAAUAAUGGUGCUGGACAAGUCCCUGAAUUAUGGACGAACCUGGCAGCCUUAUCAGUACUAUGCCGAUGACUGCAUGGACGGCUUCGGGAUGUUGCCAAAGAGGGUGCAGGAUCUGUCGGCCACGAACGUGACUAGAGUCAUAUGUACAGAGCAAUACUCUCGCUGGGUCGGUUCCAAGAAUGAGAAGAAUGUGCGGUUUGAGGUCCGGGAACGCUUUGCCAUAUUCGCUGGGACAAAAUUACAAAACAUGGACAACUUAUACACGCGCAUGGAGAGUAUGAAAGGCCUGCGAGACUUUUUCACCUUCACAAACCUACGCCUUCGGCUGCUGAGACCGGCGCUUGGAGGAACAUACGUACAAAGAGACAACCUGCUCAAGUACUUUUACGCCAUCUCCAAUAUCGACAUACCAGCAAGAUGUAAGUGUAACCUCCACGCCGGUCAGUGCUCCCUCCGUGACGGGACCCUUCAGUGCGACUGUGAGCACAACACCACUGGACAAGACUGUUCGGCAUGCGAGAGAGGAUUCAAAGCCAAGUCCUGGAAGCCUGGCUCAUUCCUGCCCACCCCGAACGGCUCCCCAAACAUUUGUGAGGCGUCGGGAACGUCUGACAACUGUGAGUGCAACGGUCACUCAAAUCGCUGCAGUUACAUUGAUUUCAUCAACAUUGUGACUUGUGUGAGCUGCAAACACAACACUAGAGGGCAGAACUGUCAGCACUGCCGCCUCGGAUACUUCCGGAAUGCUUCCGCCGAGCUGGACGAUGAGAAUGUUUGCAUAGAAUGUAACUGUAAUCAGCUGGGCUCUCUACACGCCCGGUGCAAUGACACAGGCUUCUGCCAGUGUAGAGAGGGCACCACGGGCCAGAAGUGUGAGGACUGCCUGUCUGGAUAUACCUGGAAGCAAGGAUGCAUGCCAAACGUGUGCGAUGACGAGUUCCUCCUGUGUCAGAACGGUGGCUCCUGUAUCCAGAACCAGAAGUGCAUGUGUCCACCCAGCUUUAGGGGUGUUUUGUGCGAGCAGCCACGCUGCCAGGGUGAGAAAGGGUGCGAUGGCGCAUCAGCCUGCUACCUCAGCACACUGACGCUGCUGCUCUGCCUUCUAGCCAACAGCCUGCUUAAAGCCAGCGCCUAGAAACCCAUCUUAGUUCUGAUACCAAUUCUAGUCUACGCAGGCCAAAGGGCUGAUCCCUGCGAACGGAGAGAGAGUGGCCUGAACCCAUACAGGCCCAGCCUCACGGUGCCGAAAUCUUUUUUGGAAAUGACGGUGGCUGCGCUGAGGUCAGAACGCCUUCAUGAGACCAGCAGUUUAUUGCUUGUCUACUAGCAUCACUGAUCGCCUGAACUUUAUACCAAAAACAGAUUCAAAAGAACUUAAGUUCAGUUUCAACUCACUCUAAAGAAAGUGGAGAAAUAUAUAGAUGUGUUUUCCUUUCCUUUGCAUUUCUACAUUUCUCUGUAGUUUUGAAGCUCACUGAGGUACAAGCACUGCAUUUAGCCAGCUUGUUUUACAUACAACAAACAGUCGAUAUCACGGAAGCCUACUUAUGCCAAGUUAUUCUUCUCUUGAAGACUUGUUUUUACAUUUCAUUGCUGCAUUGUUCUUGCAUCUUAUUGCCAUUGAGGUUGUAACAAGUAAAUGAAAACCAUUGGAAAAGAUGUUUAAUUGCUGUCCCGCUUGUAUGAAGAAUGAACGUCUCUAGCUUGUGUUUGAAAUUACGUUUAUGGAAUGUAGAAAGAGGUUUUAAAUUGUCACACUGAACAAAUAUACAUAUAUUGGUCUAUCUGAAAGGAAAUAUGAAGUAUUGUAUAUUUCGAUUAUUUCGAUAUUUUUUUGUAGAAAUGGUUAUUUUUGUUGAGUAAAUGUUACCAUUGUAAAGACAUUGCAGCCUUUAUUGCAGUUCAUAUGGUAUUCACACCAUGGUAAAACUAUUUGAUCCAGCAGAGUGCAUCUCUAAUAUAUUUGGAAUAUUUCUCCAUCCAUAUCAUUACAUUUAAAUAAAGCAUAAACGCUUUAUAACAUGCACAGCUUUAGCGCAAUGUAACCCCCCACAUCAUCUUGUUACUGGCAUGUAUUCAUCAGUGCAGAUAUGACCGUAAAGGACUCCUCAUUAACACACUUUUGUGAUGAUACCAGUGAUAUAAGUACAUAAAGCACAAAGCCCCACGAACCCCAAAUAAAUAAGUUACGAAGCACAGAAAAAAAAUGCAUUGUUAAAUCAGCACAAAUAGAAUGGCCAUUCAUAUUAACAAUUAAAAUACAUAAUGAAAGUCAGCACACUGUAUAUCAUGCAAUCAGGUUAUUUGUCAAAUAAUUUUAAUUUCCUUGCGUGUCUCAAAGAAAUGCCAAAAUCUUUAACGGCUCACGGGCUUUUUGAUGUAUUUCACAUUUACAAAUGCUUUACAUUCAUGAAGAGCCUGGGUAAAUAAAAUACUAUUAAUACAUAUUAUAAAUGAAUAAAACCUGACAAUCAGAAAGCACAAA